AUGCUGAAAACUCGCGGUGGAGCAGGCCGUUACCAGCCGGCAAGAAGAACAGUCUGUGAUCGGUGCCAUGGUCAGAAGUUACGAUGCGAACGAGAUGAUAAGUCUGACAGCUGCAAAAGAUGCAGGAAAGCUGGCGCCAUGUGCUUGGUGACUCCAUUUGUACGGAUAAGAAGGCCAUCGGUGAUGGAACCCAGAGGGAUUCCAACGAGAGAAGCGCAAGCAUGGAAUCCUAGAACUGGAGAAGAGACCGGGUACUGCACGAGAACACCGGAAGAGGAAAUUAGCCCAUCUAAUUACCUUAACAACGAGACCAUGUUCUGGUCGACUGUCGAUACCGACCGAGCGACUUUUCAAGAUAAUGCAGAACACAAUAUGGCAUUAGAAAAUCUCCUGUUUUCUCCCACUUUGACGCCGGAAGCGGAGUUUGGACAGCUCCAGGAUAUGAACUGGGAGCGGAGACAAUACCAACGAGAUGACAGCGGAUGUGGAAUGUCCCUGAGUCCUACAAGACAAACCGCCAUUUUACCAUCGGGAUCUGGAAGUACGUCCAGUCAGUUGGACAGUCCCCGAGAUUCUAUGCCCGCAGAAAGGACGAUUCAACCGGUAGAUGAACCCUCGACGCGCCAACCAAAAGAUCAUGCUGAAACAGAAGACGAAGUCGCAAUUCAGCGCCUUAGCAAGCUCCACAGUUCUUUAUACAGCAGCUCGACGACUUCGUCGAGAAAUGGCGGGACGGGUGUCAUGAAUCAUUUACCCGUCGAAACACUUCACAGUUACGCAGUAGCUCUGAUCGACGUGAUCAGAAGCGUAACUGCUCUGACGAAACAACAAAACAUAGACACCCCGCCAUACGACCUACCCAAAUCCGAGACCUCAACCGACCAAAGCUCCAACCAUCCAACCCAAAUCAAACCAGGCACAAACCCUAGCAUCACAUUCCUAGUAUUAGGCUGCUACUCCCGUCUCCUCACCCUCUUCUCACGAACCGUCCACCACGCAGACAGCGCCCUCACCCUCCUAACCCACUCCCCCUCCAACCCAGACCGCGAGCAAAACUCCAUCGACCUCGUCCAGAUGAUGAGCAGCAUCGAGUACCUCACCAUCCGCAUAAACAACGCCGUGUAUUCCAUGACGCCCAAUCAACCCUCCAUACCGAGCACGCCCGCCGCGCUCCCCUGGGAUAUCGUGUGCGCGCCCAUGCAAACGAUCUGUGAUCAGAAAGAGCGAUUGCACGACAUGAUCCAGCGCGUGUCGAAAUCGCUGCGUGAGGGUCCCGUGGUGUGA